AUGUGGAUGCUGCGAGCGGGUGUGCGAGCGACGCGCGGCGUGGUAGCGCGGUCGUAUUCGACGGGGGCCAAGUCGCGGCAUGCGCUGGUGUACCGUGAGAUUUUUCCGCCCAUGUUCCGUGUGUUGGCGUACAGCACGGCGACGUACUUUGCGAUGCAUUUGUUGUGGGUGACGUUGGCGACGGAGGAGGAGAGGCGUGCGCAGGCGGCGGAGAUCGAGGAUCUGCGUGGUGAGAUCCGAGCGGCGCAGGGCAAGUAA